UGAAUUACCCGCGAUGAAACUAGUAGAUGGUUCAAGUUGACAUCAGUCAGCAGCAUCUAUCGGAUUUACCAUGUUAUUAUCAAAUGAAAACAAACCCAAAAUUGUCAAGUUCAUAACGUCAAUCUACUAUUUAUUGCUAUUUUGUUUGUGUUUCUUUGGAUAUAACUAUUUAAUUGACUUGAUUCAGUAGUUCGGGUUAACAUUGUAAUGGGAAAUACAAAUAGUGUGCGUUUACAUUAUGAAAAUGCUGCAAGAACUGGUGUAUUUACGUUGAAGGACGCCAAAUUGAAAGAGUUUCCUGAAGAUUUGGUUAAAUUAGCUAAAAAUACACGAAGUCUUGACUUAUCAAAUAAUCGAAUAAAAGAAAUACCAGUAUUUAUGAGUCAAUUUACAUCGUUGAAACAUCUAGUCCUAAAUAAUAAUGCUAUUACUGGAUUACCAGAUGAGAUUGGCAAUUUGGUCAAAUUGGAUACCCUGUCAGUAACAAAGAACAAGAUAACCAGAAUUCCAAAUGAUUUAAGUUUUCUAACCUCUUUACGUAUCGUAAAUUUAAACGAAAAUGAACUCACUCAGUUCCCACUGGCUUUGGUGAAAUUAAAAAAUCUAGAGGUUUUAGAUCUGUCUCGCAAUAAGAUAACUUCAAUUCCUGAUGGUGUCGAUGGAUUGCAAGCAUUGGAGGUUAACCUUAAUCAAAACCAGAUAACUAAAAUAUCACCAGAUAUCGGACAAUGUAAAAGGCUAAAGGUUUUACGCUUGGAAGAAAAUUGUCUGAAUAUAUCAGCUAGUAUACUCAGUGAUUCUCAAAUAUCCCUUUUAGCCGUCGAUGGUAAUCUGUUUAAAAUGAAAGAGCUUCAAAAUUUGCCUGGUUAUGAAGCUUAUUUAGAACGAUACACAGCGACUAAAAAGAAAAUGAUGUAAAACGGCGAAAAUCAAUUUUAAAGAGAUUCAUUCAAGAGAUCCUCACAGAUUUUAACCAUUCACGAGCAUUAAAACAUUUUUGUGUUGUAUAACUCAUCAAAUAAAUAUUCCAUGUUUACUGAUUUUAAA